CAAAUUCUGGGAUCGCGAAACCAUUCCCCGGUGGUUGGUGAUAAGUUGUAAUUCUCAGCCGGCAACCAUGGGUCUCAGUGGACAGAGAAGUCGGACGAAGCUUUCGCAUGAUCCGAACAACACUGCCUGGGCGAAGAACACAGAUGGGUUUGGUCAUAGGAUAUUGGCCGCGCAAGGAUGGAAACCAGGCGAUUACCUUGGGGCCGAAAAUGCCAAUCACGCCGACCAUUACACUGCUGCCAAUGCAUCACAUAUUAGAGUGAUGCUCCGUGAGGACAACCUUGGGCUGGGCGCACAAAUCGGCAAGGGCAAUGCGGAAACGUUUGGGCUCAGCAUGUUUUCAGGCCUACUCGGAAGGCUAAAUGGAAAGACCGAUGAUGAGCUCGAGGCGCAGCGAAAAGCCCGUCGUGAUGCAGAGAUUCGAAUACAGCACGAGCAAAGAUAUGGACAUAUGAAUUUCGUCAGCGGAGGCUUCUUGGUUGGAGACAAAAUGGAGACAAAGGCUGAACUGAAGUCAGCAAGCACAGCUGCAAGCUUGACUACGAAGCGUAAGCACUCGGCUGUAGACGAAGAGGGAACAGCCGCGCAAUCCAAAGAGAAGAAGCCGAAGAUCUCGAUCGAAAAGAAUCUGAAGGAUCGGAAUGCAGCGACUUCAGACUCUUCAAGUUCUAGUGGAUAUUCAGACUCGGAGAACGAAGAAUUGAAAGAUCGUGGACAAGAGGCUGAGAAGCUUGUGUCGAAAGAGAAGUACCGAGAGAAGCGCUCGAAGUCAGAGCAAGGGUCGAAAACCGCGGAGAAGACAUCACAAAAAGCGCGUGAAAAGGCGGAGCGACGCGCUCGAAAAGAGGAACGACGGAAACGAAAAGAAGAGAGGCGAGAGCGGAGGGCGCUGAAAGCAAGUAAGAAAGCGCAAAAGGGAGCACCGCAAAUCGCAGAGCCUUCUGCAGCGGUAGUAAGCACUGCCGUAAUCAGCAACGGAAGUCGACACGCUACGCGACAGCGCUAUAUCCAGCAGAAGCGCAUGGCAUCCAUGGAUCCUAAAGCAUUAAAGGAGAUCUUCAUGCUUCAAGCAGCAUCCUAAAAUGCGGACAAGCGAGGCCUUGGUUGAUCUGAGAGAUCGAUCGCUCCAGCAUGAAACGGACCUCAAGCCCAGAGCAUUUUGAGAACAUUUCAAGACGCGUGGACGUUGAUGGGGAUACAUGGUUACUGACCCUAUCAAUGUUCUAGACGUACAGGCAGAAAGCUAGAGAUCUGAGAUGGGUGCGGACCGGUUAAAUAUGAACAGAACGCUCACAACUUACGAGGCAUGAUUAAUUUACAGUUACUUGCAUCACCCCGAGGUAAGUGGAGGUGGUCGAAGUAGAGAUGAUCGUUACGAGCAAAAUUUUGAUGAAAUUCGUGCAUCAUUGAUCAGAUGAUGGCCUCCAGUACAAUGACCAUAUACCUAUUGUACAUCCAGCC